AAAGAUUAGAUAGUUUGAGAAUGGAGCGUACCAAAUCCGAUGCGAGUGACUACGACGAGUUUGUGGAGCAAGACCCCACCGGGAGGUACUACCGUUACGACGACGUUUUGGGGAAGGGGGCUUUCAAGACUGUCUACAAGGCCUUUGAUGAGGACGAAGGUAUCGAAGUGGCCUGGAGCAAAGUCAAGCCUGCCGACGAUGCUGAGCUUCUCCGUUUGUUUUCCGAGAUUGAUCUUCUCAAGUCUCUAAAACAUGAUAACAUCAUCAAGCUUUUCAGCUGGUGGGUCUCGGAGGAUGAUGGUAAAGCCAAGAAGAAGAAGACUGUGAAUAUGAUCACCGAGUUGUUCACUUCCGGGAGCUUGAAGCAGUAUCGAAAGAAGCACACCAAUGUCGAAGUCAAGGCCAUCAAGAAAUGGGCCAGGCAGAUUCUCAAGGGCUUAAGCUAUCUGCAUUCUCAUGACCCUCCCAUUGUUCAUAGGGACUUGAAGUGUGACAAUGUGUUUAUCAAUGGCUUCAAUGGGGAGGUCAAGAUUGGGGAUUUUGGGUUUGCGUUGGUGAUGCAUGGGCAGGGUAGUACUGAGCAUGAAGUGAUUGGCACGCCGGAGUUUAUAGCGCCGGAGAUGUAUGAAGAGAAUUAUAAUGAGCUGGUGGAUAUCUAUUCUUUCGGGUUGUGCUUGCUCGAAUUGGUGACUUGUGAGUACCCUUAUAAGGAGUGUCAAAGUCCGGCGCAGAUUUACAAGAAGGUUAUCUCUGGUGUAAUGCCGGCUGUGCUAAGUAAAGUGAAGGAUCCUCAAGUCAAGCAGUUCAUUGAGAAGUGUCUAGUUCCUGCAUCAAGGAGAUUGUCUGCAAUAGAGCUCUUGGAUGAUCCAUUCCUUGCAGCUGAUGAUUCAAAGGUGCCUAGAUCUUUUCCCAUGGACAUUGAUACCGCAAGUGACAGAGUGAGCUCCAAAUCAUCUAGCUCUUCAAUCUUGGAGUGUCAUAGGUUCACAAAGAAUAAUGCAUUGACAUUAAGAGCAAAGAGGAAUUCUGAUAGUAGUAAAGCUAUUGCUUUGACAUUGAGUGUUGCUGGUAGCCGUGGGAAGAAGAAAACUAUUGAGUUUGAUUUCUAUCCGAAUUUGGAUACUGCUGUUUCCAUUGCUGGGGAGAUGGUUGAUCAGGAGCUUGGUCUUUCAACUGAAGAUGUGUCUGCCAUGGCUGAGUUGAUUGAUAGAUUGGUUAUGAAGAUUGUGCCCAAGUGGAGACCCACUUCUUCAGUUGGAGCAUAUAGCUCAUGUACCACUACUAGCUCAUAUUCAACAAAGAACUCUGUUGUCUCGAGCAUGGAAAUAUGGAAGAGCUUUAGCAUGUCAAGCAAUUGUUCCUUGCAGUCAGCUGAGUUAUCUCUACUGGACAAACAUCACUAUGAUCAUCUAAAAGCGGAGCUCGAUUCGAUUGAUGCACAGUUUCAACAAUGUUUUGUUGAGCUGGUGAAGAAGAAGGAAGAAGCCAUCCAAAGUGCAAAGAAGAAGUUGGUUGGUCCAGUUUAGCAUCCAUUCACAGAUUGGUAGCAUAUAGAAAUGUGAUGAAAUAGCAUUCACUUCAAUAUCAU